UGCUUGUAGUUAGGGUUUGGACACAUUCUGCCUGACACCAACAUCUAUCCUAACAGCCAGAUUACAUAGCCUCUUUGUAGUAAUAAAUGUUGAGUGAAUGUGUCAGUGAACAUUGCCAGGGUAUACAUAUUUUUUUAAUUGUAAACUAAAGAGAGCAAUCCACCGUGCCCCAGCACCUGCAUCAUACCUGCUCUAAAGCAUUUACCAAGUUGUAUUGCAAUGGUUUGUCUACACAGCUAGUUUUCCCUGUAACGACUUCCUCAAGGCCAGGGGCUAUGUCUUACUCGUUUUUUUAUGUCCCCAGGGAUUAGCUAGUUCUUGGGAAACAACUGGGACUUGGGGCUCAAAACAGUUUGCUAAGUGAAUGAAUGAGAGGCCCAGUCAAGCUACUUCCCUUCAGUGCUGCACAGUGCAACAAAUAACCAGCUCAGAUACAGGUUCAAAGACCACAGGCUUCUCCCUGGACAGCUCAGCUCUCCUCAUAACUCCUGAGAAACCCGGGACAUGCCAGGGUGUACUAUGGAGUGGUUGCAUCCGGAAGAGGGGGAGGAAGUCCCAAACACUAAGUAAUCCAGGUUUGGGUUGGAAAACAAGGUUGAAGUUACUCAUUAGCAGGUGAAAGGGUCAAGGGUCGAAUGCAAGGGAGCUGAAAGCAGAGUGGACUAAGCAGCCAGUAGGGGAGAGAGCAGUUAAGGCACACAGAGCACCAGCUCCCUCCUGCCUGAAGAUGUUCCCCCAAAUUUGGGCAGCUCUGCUCUACUUCUAUGGUAUUAUCCUUAACUCCAUCUACCAGUGCCCUGAGCACAGUCAACUGAAAACUCUGGGCGUGGAUGGGAAGGAGUUCCCAGAGGUCCACUUGGGCCAGUGGUACUUUAUCGCAGGGGCAGCUCCCACCAAGAAAGAGUUGGCAACUUUUGACCCUGUGGACAACAUUGUCUUCAAUAUGGCUGCUGGCUCUGCCCCGAUGCAGCUCCACCUUCGUGCUACCAUCCGCAUGUGAGUGGAAAGAUGGGCUCUGUGUGCCCCGGAAAUGGAUCUACCACCUGACUGAAGGGAGCACAGAUCUCAGAACGGAAGGCCGCCCUGACAUGAAGACUGAGCUCUUUUCCAGCUCAUGCCCAGGUGGAAUCAUGCUGAAUGAGACAGGCCAGGGUUACCAGCGCUUUCUCCUCUACAAUCGCUCACCACAUCCUCCCGAAAAGUGUGUGGAGGAAUUCAAGUCCCUGACUUCCUGCCUGGACUCCAAAGCCUUCUUACUGACUCCUAGGAAUCAAGGUAAGGGGUUAAAGUCUCACAAAACAGGAUUAGGACUCACCAAGUCUUCUGGUGUUACAGGGUGAAAGAGGCUCGUGUGAUGUCACCGGAGGGAUGUGGCUAAAGAGCUGUGAUGUCACCUGAGGGAGGCAGGAUGGGUUCUGGGCUACUCAAAAGAGAGGUUUCUGAGUUUGCACUGGAUAAAGGGGGCAGAGGGUCAUACGUGGAGGGAAAAGAGCCUUAGAGACUCCCCUUUGACACAGGGAAUGAAAGAACAUGUUCUCCCCCACCCCAUUACUAUCAACUUUGCUUUUCUCCCUGGACUUCCCUUCUGUCCUCUUCUUUUUCCCUCCUCCCAUCACAGAGGCCUGUGAGCUGUCCAAUAACUGACCUGUAACUUCAUCUAAGUCCCCAGACGGGUACAGUGGGAGCUGAGUUGUUGGAGGGAGAAGCUGGAGACUUCCAGCUCCCACUCAAGAUAAUAAAGAUGAUUUUUCAAGCCUCAUCUCAUUCUGGGGUUUGUCUCCAGACGUCAUUCCCACUCCUCCCAUUUCAACACUCCCCCUGGAUCCUCUACCACCUAAACCCCCAGCUGGACGGUGUCAGGAAGAACAGAGUGGCAGUAACUCUCAUUUUGUAGUGGUAUAUUUAGGAUUUGAUGUGACACAAUUAUUUAUUGCUGAGUGAGCAAACCCUUAGCCCCCAAGUGGGGACUACAGGCUUCAGUGCUUCCCCCACGCUGCCUGAGCUACCAGCCCUUCUGCACUGGCCCUCCUGCCAAUACUGCCUGCACUGUCACCACUCCCUCUGGCUCCCAUGAUCACCAGAUCCGCCCUGCAGGCUCCCUGUCACCUGUGGGGCCCUAUCCAGACCCCCUAAUCCACUUGCCUAGCAGCCCCACUCUUCCCUCGAUGGCUCAGAUCCUGAGAUCCAAGGAACAUCCUGGGUUUCCCAACCACUCUCUUACUGCAGAGGUCUGUCUAUCCUGCCCUGGUCUCCUCCACCCCAGGAGAGUUUUGAAAGGUAGAGAGGACCCUUUGGUCUUUGUUCUCCACCACCACACUUUUUUUUUUUUUUUUUUUUUUUUUU